AUGGCAGGCAAAGAUUCCACCUCUUCAAAACCAUUCAGGGUCAUUGUCAUCGGGGCCGGCAUUGUCGGCUUAUCGCUCUCUCACGCUCUACAACUAGCCAACAUCGAUCAUGUCGUCCUCGAAAAGCACGAAAAGAUUGUAUCCUUAAAAGGCGCAGCACUGACUAUCUGGCCCGCUGUCGCACGCAUCUUCGACCAGUUUGGUAUUCUCGACAAGAUAACCAAAACUACGACACCCAUCGAUGACUCGUACAAAAGAUGGCCAGACGGGAGUCUGAUCUGCCGCGAUGACACUAUGCAGGCUGUGAGCAAAGUCUUCAAGAUACCGUGUAUCCUAUUCGAUCGCCAGACUUGUGUAUCACAUCUAUACGAAGGGCUACCAGACAAGUCCAAAAUUCACACCAGUAGGCGCCUUGAACGUGUCGAGCAAACUGAUACGGGUGUUCGUGUCCACCUAGCUAAUGGCUCUACCGAAGAAGGUGACAUGGUCAUCGGCGCAGACGGUGUGCACAGUCAUGUUCGGAAGCUCAUGUGGGACCACGCCGACAAGCUCGAACCAGGUAGCAUACCCGAAACUGACAAAGAAGUCAUGUCGUUCGGAGAAUUCAGAGGUUUGUUCGGUGUCAGCAAGGUUCCGGACGGUGCACAACUCGGUACCUCCGAUACGCAUAUGAUUCUUGGGCAGGACGUUACCAUGCUCCUCUUUUUACAGAUGGACAGGGCUUUAUGGGGUGUCACCUUCAAAGACGAAUUCCAAAAGGCAGAGAGGAAAGGUAGAGCUACUGAAGCAGAGAUCGAGGCGGUGGCGAAGAGGUUCGCCGACCUUCCUAUGACAAACGAUAUCACAUUGGAAGAUGUAUGGAAGACGAACAAACGACACGGUCUUCUCUAUGUCGAAGAAGGGGUCUUGAGUAAAUGGCAUGCGGGACGCAUAGUUCUCGUAGGAGAUUCGGCACACAAAAUGACAGCCGACCUCGGCAUGGGCGCCAACAUAGCCAUCGAAUCCGCCGUCUACCUCUGCAACAUCCUCCACCGCGAAUUCGCCUCCAACCUCACCCGCCGCAUUUCCACCCCCGACCUGACUGCCCUAUUCGCCGAAUACCAAGCCGGUCGCCAUGAACGAGCAAAGGCAUACGUCGAAAACAGCGGCAAGCUCACGCGUAUGAACAGCUACCAGUCAUACUUUGAUCGCUUCUUUGCUGGGUAUUUACACAAGUACAUUGUGCCAUCUCAGAAAGUGGGGCUCAUCGAAUCGUUGGCUGUGGCGCCGAAAUUGGAUUAUGUGCCGACGAGGACGAUUGACGAGAGCGCUGAGGGAUGGCACUGGAUGGAGAAGAAAGGGAAGAAAGAGAAAAAGGGUGGUUGGUUCAAGUAUAUGAUUUUGACAUCGGUUGUGGGGGUGACUGUGGCGUAUUUGGUGGAUGCCGGGCUACCAGCGCUGCUGAUGGAGUUGACUGUGUAA